AUGGCAAAAAUUAUUAUUACUGGUGAUGCUAUUGUAAGAUUAGAAAUUUGUGAAACAGAUCAAGCUUUGAUGAAUAUAUCAUAUCCAGAUAUAAUUUCUUUAAAAAUGUUCAGACAACAAGCAUUAGAUAAACAUAAUGAAUAUCGUAGAAAACAUUGUUCACAAUUAUUAAUAUUAAGUGAAAAUCUAAAUGAAAUUUCUCAAGAUUAUGCAGACAGAUUAGCUUCAUUUGGUGAAACACCACCAAAUUAUAGCGGAAUUAGAAUGGAAAAUUUAUAUAAUCAAACACUUGAUUAUUAA